AAGAGAGAAAGAAAGAGAGAAAUUAAAAGAGAGAUAAACAGAUCCAGAGUAAAAGUUCCAGGAUGGUUGAGAUGAAGAUGAUGAAGAUGAGGGGGGGAGACGAGCUGCUGCUGCUGAACUGAAACAUGGCGCCCCCUACAGGAGGAGGAGGGUGGCGGCUGUGUCACGUGGUCGUGCUGUUUCUCUGGAUGACUCUGCACAGACACGUGUUGGGCUGCAGCUCCACAAACUGUAACCUGAACCUGACUGAGGCCCAGGGGGGAAUCACGUCGCCCUGCUACCCACAGAAAUACCCCAACUCACAGGCCUGUAAGUGGGUCAUGCAGGCCCCGGCCGGCUUCAUCCUCCAGCUGUCCUUCCUGGACUUUGAAAUGGAGGAGGCGCCCGGCUGCAUCUAUGACCAAGUUGUGGUGAACACGGGAAACACCGACGUGAAGUUCUGCGGCGUGACGGCCAACGGGCUGACGCUGAACUCCACGGGGAACGUGAUGGAGCUGUCCUUCAACUCCGACUUCAGCGUGCAGAAGAGGGGGUUCAGUGUUAGCUUCCGACACGUUGCCGUGGCCCUGAGGAACCAGAAGGUGAAGAUCUCGGGGGGGAAUGGCCAGGUCACCAUGGUGGGCAGCUGGGUGGCGCUGCCGGCGCUCAGUCACCUGACUCUUUGCUUCGAGGUGGAGCGCGACAGCCAGAAACAGAGGGAGUGGCUCUUCACCUACUCCGACAGCAGCAGGACCGUCGGGCUGAGUCUGGGCUCCGAUCAGGCCGGCAUGACGCUGAUCGUGGACGGAGUGUCCUGCUCCAUCGACUCCAUCCUCUCCUCCUCCGACUUCACCUCCUCCAUGAAGUCUUUCUGCGUGGGGUGGACCUCGUCGACCGGCCUGGUGGCGGUUUACUUCAACGGAAACUACUUAACCAGGACCUGUCCCUCCUCCAGUGGACACACUGUGCCGGCCGGGGGACAGUUCCAGUUAGGAGGGCAGCAGAGCUUCGACGGCUACAUGUACAACCUGCGGCUGUGGGACUUGGCCCUGACGGAGCAGCAGCUGAGGGCGCUGACCUGCGACACGCUGGGAAACGUCGUGGACUGGGACAACAGCCACUGGACCAUCCCCCCCGCCCUGGCCCACACCGACGCCACGCUCAGCUGUAGUGUCUCCCCCCCUGGAACCACACCCCUCCCCCCAAGCUGCGACUCCCCUGGACUGGGCUGCCCAGCUGCUCCCUCUCCUGCCACCUCCUCAUCCCACUCCACUAACACCAUCCAUGCUACUAAUGCCAGCCCCCACGUCCUCCCUCCCAUCACUCCAUCCUCACCCACCAUCCCUGCCACUAGCUUGUCUCUAACCAUCAGUACCACCACUCCCAGCACAGCCAGCUCCUCCUCCUCUGCGAAGGAGACUCCUGUGAAAACCAAAGCUCCUUCUGCUCCGGCUGCUCCUGAUGCUGCCGUCAUUAAUCUUCACAAGCCUGAAACCAUUACCUCCCAGUUCACGCUGUUGGCCGCCGUCAGUCCAGUUCCCCUGGUCCUCGACAUGCAGCACAUCAUCCUCCAGCUCCACGUGAAUCCACUUACCCUCGACCGUCAUCCUUCUUCCCCCGGCCCCCACGCCAUCGUAGCUCCAGGACCUCCCUGGGCCCCUGGUCAGGAGUCGCCCGCGUGGCAGCGUAGAGAGGAGGCUUCGGACACAAACAAGUCAUCCUCCUCCUCCUCGCUGCUGUCCUCAUCAUCUGCACUGAGCAACAGGAAGAACAAACCGGCAGUGGCCCAGACGUCACCACGAAACACAACGGUUGCUCUGGAUGACCACACAGACUCUCUGGAACCGCUGGCUUAUGAAUAUGCAUCGGGAACGGACCUGUUUGUUUAUGAUGUGUCUGAUCUCACAGGUGAAGAUGGAGCCUUCAGUUUGUAUGAAUUCGACGCUGCCUACUCCCUGGAAGAGCCGGCCACCGUCGCUCCGACCUUUUUCGGCACUGAGGACUCCUUCACGUCUUUCUCGUCCUCUCCUCCCGUCUGGCCUCCUCCUCCCCCAGCUACUCCUCAGCAGCCUCCCUUCUCCACAUCCUCCCCUCUCGGGCCGGCUGAGGGAGAACCUUCAGAAACAGACGCUGUUGUUGAAUCUGCUCACGUUCCAGACUUUGACAACCUGCUGCUCGAUCUGUCUCCAGAAAAGUUUCCUGCUGCCACAGUGAUGCAAGCUGCUCAGGGGACAGGAUGGGCGGGGGGGGAGGACACUGCAGCGUCCUCUUCCUCACCCUCCCCUGACCUGGAGGUUGAAAACUCUCUCAUCUUUCCUCUGACGUCUUCAUCUGGGUCACAGUGGAGUCUGCAGCAAACUGUCUCCCACACUGAUGACCAGGUGAACACCAACACAGCCUCUGGUGCUCCCACUAACUCACAGGUACUCACCCACUUUAAUGAUGGGUCCCAUCCCCCCACUCCCCCUUGGUCGAUACCUCUUGUCAUAGCACCUACCCAGACUCUCAGCAGCAACCGGGCUACACAACCUGGCACCGCCCCCCCCCUGUCCGCCUCAGGGCGGGAUCACAAUCAGCCCUCGGAGCUCCUCGGCCGUCUGAUCCCUGCACAUGGUCCAGUGCUCACACACUCAGGAGCUCAGGCUCAUAUGAACAGGGUUUCAGAUGCAAGUGACAAACCAGAGAUGAGUGACAGGCCUGAGCAGAGCAAACCAGACACACCAGUCGCUGAGUGGCAGCAGCAAACAUCCCACUCCAUCUCCUUUACCCCCUGUCUUCUUUUACCCUCGAUUGGUCCUUCACCUUCUCUCACAGCGACCCUCACGCCUCUCUUUUUCUCUCUUCACAUCUACCCUAUCUAUUCUUCCACCCCCGGCUCCCUUCCUCUCACGUCUGUCAUCACACCAUCUUCCACUCAUCCCCUCCCCAGCUGGGUGCCACUGCCAGCACUGUCUGCCAGCAUGGCGGAGGCAGAGAUUGGCUCCCUGUCGCCCGCUCUAGCAGCCACUGGUUUCCUCCUGCCCACAAUCACCCAGUCCCCCCUGGACAACCUUUUACAGUUCCCCCACACCUCCUCCUCAUGUCCUAUUAGCCGUUCAGCAGAGCCACAGCUUACCACAUCUAGCCAAUCACUUCCUCCUGGUCGAGCUUCCACGUCCCCCGAGGAUAAAUUGAAAUUCAGCCUUAUUUCAGCUGAGCUGCGUGACACAGAUGAGUUUUUGGCAGAGCUCACAAACAACUCACAAACUUUGGAAUCUUCUAGUUUUGGCGACGGCACGGUGUCCUCCCUCGAGGCGUCCAAUAAUCAAAGAACUGCUGGGACACAUUUCUCUACCUUAUUUGACCCUGCAGGUGUUGUUCCAAAACUCCACAUUGCGGAGGAGCGUGCCUCAGCUGUGGCCCUGUCCUCAGCAGUGAACACCAGUCACAGUGUUCCUCAAGACGAAGUGUUGAAUGCGCCAACAGACCUUCAACCUAACCAAAGUCCUAAUCCAGAUGUUGCUCUGGACGCUCAAUCAUUACCUGUUGAAAUGAAAAUAACAUCCUCCCGCUCCCCUUCUGAGUCCAGUUAUCAGACAAGCUUUACACCGUUAAGACUUCCCACUGCUGCUCCAAAUAUCCUCCUGCAGACCUCAGGCAUUAAUGCCUCCUCUUCUACCGCAGCCACCAGAUCCCCUGCAGGCUCCUCUACUGAUGCCCCAGAUCGAGGCUUCAUUUCUGGGCUUGCAGAGCUCCCCCCUCCUGUGAGUGGCAGCCACACUGCAAACACAACGGGCUUAGAAAGCAUCUCCAAGUCCAAUACUGCGACUGUUCCAACACUCAAAGCCUUGGUGCCCAAUGAAAUGACAAACAACACAAAGGCUAGAAACACUACAACUUUGAUAGAAAAUGGAAACCUGGAGGCGUCCCAGCAGAACGUGACAGGCAGCAAACCAUCGCCACAUCUCGGUGAGUUGUUCUACCGGAUUCAUUUUGUGGUGAACGACGGCGGCUCGGCAUCGCACCCGAGUGACGUGGAGCGAGCUGUGGUUCUCUGGCUCAAUCAGACGUUUCAGAACUGGACCCACUCUGUCUCCGUAGAUCACGUCCGAGUCCAGCAGGGGGCAGCGAGUGGAGGAAACCCCACCAGUUACUCGUGUCAGGCUCUGCUGGUUUAUCACUUCACCGCUAAUGAGAGUCUGGCUGAAGCUGCUGUCUCCACCCGGCUGAGCAGCAGAGAGGGACUCAUGGCUGCCGCUGGGCUGGAGAUCAAACACGCCCCCAGGGACGUUCAACUAAUAGAAAACUGUCCAGAGGAGAAUCCUCUCCCAUACCGCUGGCCUGAGAGUCGACCCACUGUGACCAGGCACCUGCCCUGUUUCCCCAACAAGGACCAGAGCACGUCCAGGACCUGUUUGAUCAAUGCUCAGAACUUCUCCUCCUACUGGUCAGCUUCAGACACCAGUAACUGCACGGACAUCGACACCAUCGAGGUGUCAGCAGAAAACGCAGCUGAGGUGGCGGAGCAGCUCGCUAACAUCACCAACACGGAGCUGCCCAGCGAGGAGGUGUCCAAAGUGGUGUUGAAGGUCCAGGAGCUGGUGAACGUGGCAAAGAUCAACGUGACUCUGGCGAACACGGUGGUCACCAUCAUCUCCAACGUGAUGAGCAGCUCGGAGACGGCGCUCGCUGCCACGUCCGAGAGGGCUCUGAAGACGGUGGACGAGCUGGUCCAGAAGAUCGAGUUCGAGGGUCCGUCCCUCAGCAUCAGCUCCAGACACUUGGCUCUGGGGAUAUCGAACCUGAACGCCAGCACGUUCAACGGCACGUCCUUCAGCGCCCUCAUUCCCCCCAACGCCACCGACCCGCAGGUGGUGUUCGAGUCGGAGCGCCUCCACCCUCUGGCUCAGGUCACUCUUCCGUCCUCGUUGCUGUCCAGCGUCUCGCUGAGCGAGUCCGACCGGGCGUCUCUGUCCAGGAUCAACUUCAUGUUCUUCAAGAAGACCAACCUGUUCCAGAGGGAGCAGGACGGACGCUCUCUCAACAGCUUCGUGGUGGCGAGCAGCGUCGGCAACUUGUCCAUCAGGGACCUGACGGAGCCGGUGGAGAUCCACAUCGCUCACGUGUCCCAGCAGUUCUCCUCCCGUCCAGUUUGUAUGUUCUGGGACUUCAGAUUCAACAAUGGCGGUGGAGGCUGGAACGGAGACGGCUGCAGAGUGUCCAAAGAAUCCAGCGUCAACAAAACCAUCUGUCUGUGUGAUCACUUGACACACUUCGGCAUCCUGAUGGACAUCUCCGGAGUUUCAGCCCACAUCGACUCAAGGAACAACAAGAUCCUGACCUUCAUCACCUACAUCGGCUGCGGCAUCUCCGCCAUCUUCUCUGCCGCCACGCUGCUCACCUACAUCGCCUUCGAGAAGAUUCGACGUGACUACCCGUCGAAGAUCCUGAUGAACCUCAGCACGUCCCUGCUCUUCCUGAACAUGUGCUUCCUGCUGGACGGCUGGUUGGCCAGUCUGGAGAAGCGCUGGCUGUGCUUGUCUGUGGCCGUCUUCCUGCACUACUUCCUGCUGACCUCCUUCACCUGGAUGGGCCUAGAGUCCGUCCACAUGUACAUCGCCCUGGUCAAGGUCUUCAACACCUACAUACGACGAUACAUCCUCAAGUUCUGCAUCGUCGGCUGGGGCCUCCCGGCGCUGGUGGUGGGGGUGGUCAUCGCGGUGGAUAAAAACUCUUACGGGCUGCUGGAGUACGGCAAAGGAGAGUCAGGAGACGGAUCCUCCGAGCUCUGUUGGAUCCAGAGUCCUGUUGUGUUCUACACCACCUGUGUGGGUUACUUCUGUGUGGUGUUCCUUCUGAACGUGGCCAUGUUCAUCGUGGUGAUGCUGCAGAUCUGCGGCCGCAACGGCAAACGCAGCAACCGGUCACUGCGAGAGGAGGUCCUGAGGAACCUGCGCAGCGUCAUCAGCCUCUCCUUCCUGCUGGGCAUGACGUGGGGCUUCGCUCUGUUCGCCUGGGGACCCGUCAGCCUGGCCUUCAUGUACCUCUUCGCCAUCUUCAACUCGCUGCAGGGUCUGUUCAUCUUCAUCUUCCACUGCGCCCUGAAGGAGAACGUCCAGAAGCAGUGGAGGAGAUACCUGUGCUGCGGCCGGUUCAAGCUGUCGGACAACUCAGACUGGAGUAAGACGGCCACCAACAACACCAAGAAGGUGAGCUCAGAGAACCUGGGCAAGUCCCUGUCGUCCAGCUCGUUCGGCUCCAGCACCGCCAACUGGACGUCUAAAGCUAAAGCUACGCUCAACCCGUUCAGCAAGCGACACAGUACCACAGAUAAAUGUUAUUCCAACCAGACCAGCCCCAAGUGCGUCUCCUCGUCCUCCUCCGAGGUGGAGCCCAACUCCUCUUCCUCCUCCUCCUCCUCCUCCAUCCUCCCCGUCAGCCAGAUGAUUGACAAGGUGAAAGGUUACUGCUCCGCACGCUCCGACAACUUCUACAAGAACAUCAUCAUGUCCGACAGCUUCGGACACAGCACCAAGUUCUAGGACUGUCCUCCGAGUUCUGGAGGCGGAGCUCCCGGAACCCCCCCCCCUGCACCUUGCUGUGGAGCAGAAACGUUUGUGACAUCGUCCGGCCGACAGCAUGGCGGACAGGGCUUCUGUUAAAGUUUCCAGUUCGGAGGUGACUUCCAUAACGUUAUUUAAGGUUAGCUGUGAAACCACCACCAUCUUCCUAGAACCUGAAGUGUUCUGGAACAACAUUCUAGAACUCUCACAGAGGAGGUUUGUAAAACUCCAUGGUUCAGUUCUGAACCACUUCCCACAAUCCUGAACCCAGCGUGUGAUGGAGCCGCCUCAUGGAGCCUCUGACAUCACCCUGACCAGUCAAGAACCAUCCUGGUCCCAUCGCAGCUGCAGCGUCUUCUAGAGUUUGUCUUUCUGUCCCUUGUCUCGCUCCUGACGUCACUAUUGUCUUUCAGCUGUUGUCUCAGCCUCAAUCCUUAUUCAAUAAGCAAAACUAAAUCCUGUGUGUUGUCAUCAGACCUCAUGAGGUUCUGACUGGGUAGAAACCAGCAGCGUCCUUUCUUCAGGAACGUCUCCGUCUCCAUGAGAAGAGGUGGACCUGGUGCACCACAGCUCAGGUUUGUGUCAUCAGACUCACGAUCAGGCGGCAGGGUGGUCAGAGAACCUCCAUGGGACUGAAUCCGAUCCGAGGGCGUAGAGAGCGAGCGAGAGGCUCCGAGGAAAUGAAAGGGAAAGGC